AUGCGCCCUCAAGCUCUCGCAGCCGUUCUUCUCUCGGCCUGUGCCGGUCAGUCUGCUGCCCAGGAUGCUCCUCGAGUCAACGACAACCCUCCUGGUGUUGGAUACAAGGCCACUCUCCCGAAGGAGCCCUUCUUCAAGGAUGCCGCCAUCGAUGGAAAUGUCAAGGGCUACAUCCACGCCCAAGCUACCGAUUCUGGUCAGGGUGUGAAGUUUAUGGUCAAGUUCAGCAACCUCCCUAAGGAAGGUGGACCUUUCACCUACCACAUUCACGUUGAUCCUGUUCCUAACAACGGCAACUGCACUGCGACUCUUGCUCACCUUGACCCUUUUGCGCGCGGCGAGGAGCCUCCCUGUGAUGCCGAGAAGCCUGAAUCUUGCCAGGUCGGAGACAACAGCGGCAAGCAUGGAAAGAUCACGAGCGACCCUUUCGAGACCGAGUAUAUAGACUACUACGCUUCCACCAAGGACGGUAUUGGCGCCUUCUUUGGCAACCGCUCUUUUGUCCUUCACUAUGCCAACAAGACUCGCAUUACAUGCGCCAACUUUGUCUCUCAGAUCAAGCCUCCUGCCACCAACGAGUCUUACUCUGCCCCGGGUUAUCUGCCUACUCCCACCGAGACUGUCCCUUUGACGCCCACGAACACGCCCAAUCCCAGCACUGAAGCACCAGUCGCUACUGCGACCGACGCCGUUGGCCCCAACGCUGGCUCUGCUAUGGCUGUGCCGCUCAACCUGGCUCUGGCCGGUGUCUUUGUGCUCGCUUUCGCUCUGUAA